UUUUUUUUUUUUUUUACCCUUUCUUGUCUGUUUGAAUUUGGUAACUUUCUUGUCACCUCUUCUUCUGGUUUCCCGGAAAAUACGUGGAAAGGGAAGACCGGAGAGCUUUGAAUUUUGGGUUUUUUGUUUUCUUUUGGUUUGGUUUGGUUUGGUUGACCGUAGAUGAUCAGCUCCACCCAACUGGGUUAAAGGGGUUGUGUUUGGCAGUUAGGCUGACUUGACUGGAAAAAUGGAAAUUUAUUUUAUUUUAUUUUUCAGAUUUUGAGUUUUUUUUGGUUAGCUGUUAUUUUCUCAGCAAUUAAGCAGCAAGUUUUGAUGGUUUAUGUUAUUUUUUUUAUUUAAGGUGAUAGAUGCAGUGUUGAGAUUGAUGAAAGAAAUGAAAAAUCCACUCAGCUUAGGUGAGGGGGUGUGCUGGGUUGAAUGGAAUGAAAUGGAAGAUAAAAUUUGAGAUCUUGACCUUUUUUUUUCUUCUCAUUUUGGGGAAUUUUCUCAGCAACCAAACAGCUGAUUUUGUGGUUAAUUUUUUUAUAUAAAAAAGUGCUAGUUGCUCUGUUGGAAUUCCAUGAAAGAAGAGUGAGAAAUGGAAACAAGGGUUCAUUUCUGAAGAGUUUCUAAUAUUUUAUUUUCCUCUCAUGCCUUCCCGAGAAUCAAACAGACUAGGCAAUGGGGCAUUUUUCAUCCAUGUUCAAUGGAUGGGCGAGGUCCUUUUCUAUCAAAAAAGCGAGCAGUUCAGGGAAUUGUGGUGGAAGAGAGGCUGUUGAAGUAAUGGCAAAGGAGGCGAAGAAGAAUGAUUUGAUACUGCACUCUUCCGGGUUUGUUAAUGUCAAUGGUUCAAACAAUUUCACUUCCCUUUACUCAAAGCGAGGCGAAAAGGGUGUGAAUCAGGAUUGCUUCAUUGUGUGGGAGGAAUUUGGAGGGCAAGAGGAUAUGCUCUUUUGUGGGGUUUUUGAUGGUCACGGGCCAUGGGGUCAUUAUGUGGCAAAAAGGGUCAGAGAAUCAAUGCCAUCUUCUUUGUUGUGCAAUUGGCAGGAAACCCUUGCUGAAGCCUCACUUGACCCAGAUUUUGACUUGCAAGCAGAAAAAAAGCUUCACCGGUUUAAUAUAUGGAAGCAUUCCUACUUAAAAACUUGUGCUGCUAUUGAUCAAGAGCUUGAGCAUCAUCGUCGAAUCGAUUCCUUCAACAGUGGGACAACAGCACUUACCAUUGUUAGACAGGGGGAAAGCAUUUUUGUAGCAAAUGUCGGUGACUCACGUGCUGUAUUGGCUACCAUGUCUGAUGAUGGCAACUUGGAACCAGUUCAACUUACUAUUGAUUUCAAACCGAAUCUACCUCAGGAGGCUGAGCGGAUAAUUCAGUGCAAAGGGCGAGUGUUCUGUUUAGGCGAUGAGCCAGGAGUGCACAGGGUCUGGCUUCCCCAUGAGGAAUCACCAGGACUGGCUAUGUCUAGAGCCUUUGGGGAUUACUGUGUGAAGGAUUUUGGACUCAUUUCUGUGCCUGAAGUGACACAGAGGAACAUAACCAGCAGAGACCAAUUUGUUGUGCUUGCAACUGAUGGGGUCUGGGAUGUUGUCUCAAAUCAAGAAGCAGUGCAAAUAGUAUCUUCAACACCCAACAGAGCGAAGUCAGCCAAGCGUCUAGUUGAGUGUGCAGCCCGUGCUUGGAAACGCAAGAGGCGGGGAAUUGCAGUGGAUGACAUCUCAGCUGUUUGUCUCUUCUUCCACCCUUGUUCCAUUCAGCAAGUUACUGUACCAAAAGAGUCAUGAGAACAUGCAAAAUGCUGAGGAAUUGUUCUGUAUUUUUCCACACACUGUAAUCUUAUUUCAAUUUAGUGGGUCUUAGUUAAAAAUUCCCUUCUUAUUCCA